AUGAAUUAUUGUUUUAGGACAACGGAUUUAGUAAUCUUCCUUCUAAUUAUUUAACUAACAGGUCAUCUGUUUAUUCAUUGGAAUCAAUACAACUGUAGUAUCUAUGGAAACAUUUAAAUGUGUGUUUGGAUUGUUAUUGUUUUAUUGAGAUAAUUGCUUCAACAUGCUUAAUUUAACAAAUGGGGGUUAUUUGUGACUUUGUUUAUUGCUGGGGAAACAAUUUCAAUGAAUAUAAUAGCAGCAUAAUAGGGUGAAUGA